UUCCGUUGUUGAGCAGGUUCAAUAUCUCGUAUAAGUUCUGACCCAUAAGCUCGUAUUUCUGUCUCCUUCGUCGGCUCGGAGCUACCACGUUAUGCUGAAGUGAACUUUUCCUUCACAAACCAAGAGACAACUCGUCGCCAUGGAAAUGGAUUUCCAAAAGGCCCUACUUGAAGUGGGCAAAUCCUUGUCCACUGAUGAGAUGGAAGCACUGUAUUUUCUGUGCACCGACAUCUUGAGCAGUAAACAAGUCUCUCUGGAUGAUGCCAGCAAUCUCUUCUCCUUACUCAUGAAAGAAGACCAUCUGUCUGCUGGAAACCCACAGCUCUUGGUGGAGCUUCUCCUCACCAUCCAGCGACCCGUUAUUUUGAAGAAGAUUAAACUUUCUUCGUCCUCACCCAGCACCGUCAUCUCACCCUACAGGAAGCUGCUGUAUCGCCUGUCAGAACAAAUCACUGAGAAGGAGCUCGGAGAGAUGAAGUUUCUGUUAAAGGACAUCCCACGAAGAAAACUUGAGCAAAAAACGACACUGGGAGUCUUCCUGGAGAUGGAACACAUGGCCCUCAUAAAUGAAUCUAGUCUCGAAUAUCUGGAGACCAUAUUUAAGUUGGUGUGUCCUGUGCUGAAUGAAGAGAUUCGUCUCUUUAGGAAAGAAAACCCUAACUCAGAGUCGUCGCCUUUGACUGUUUCAUCAAGCCAGAACCCGAAACCUUCCGACAGGACUGACUUCCAGGGAGAUAAGAGAGAAAUGGUUUCACUGGAUACAGGGAAUCCGGAAAAGAACAACCCAGAGUCUGAGGAAAAUUAUGAGGUUCUGUGUGAUUAUCCAAUGACUGGGAAAAGAGGGAUAUGUUUGAUAGUGGACAACAUUGAUUUCUCUAAAUCGCUCAUAACUUUAAACGAUAGAGAGGGAUCCGAGUUUGACAGAAAGGCUCUGAAAGAAGUAUUUGAGUGGUUGGGCUAUGAGGUGGAAAUACACGAGAACUGUAAAGCGGCUAAUAUAGAAGAAUUGUUUGAACGCAUCAGCAAACAGAACCACAGCCAGAAUGACAGCCUGGUGGUCUGUAUUCUCAGUCAUGGCCAGGAGGGUAAAGUGUAUGGUGUGGAUGGCAAACCUGUUCUGAUUAGAAAGCUGACAGAGUUAAUCGAUGGAUGGAAUUGCCGGACUUUAAUUGGAAAACCCAAGAUGUUUUUCAUCCAGGCCUGUCAAGGCGAAAUGCCACAGUAUGGAGUCCAAUCAGAUGGUAUUGAAGACGAAACAACCCACAUUUCUGCUGAUUCGGAAGUUGCAUAUCUGAAGAGUCCAAUCGUAGCUGACAUGCUGGUGGGCAUGUCCACGGUUCCUAAUUAUGUCUCCUUCAGACAUAAACUCUGGGGUUCCUGGUAUAUCCAGUCGUUGUGCAAGAACCUCGUCAAGUUUGUGCCACGGAGAGUUGACCUUGUCACCAUUCUCACAAUAGUGAACGCUGAUGUUGGCAGGAUGACUGAUGCUAGUCGGUUCAAAAAACAAAUGCCUCAACCAGCCUUCUCUUUCCGAAAGAGGUUGGUGUUCCCUGUCCCUGAGAAACCCCCACCCAAAAUUGGAGAGAAUUCCUGAGAGACACCGGAUUUACAUUUUUUUUUACAUAUAUGUAUUUUUUUUUUCAUUUACAAUUUUAAAUCAGAUCCUGAGUUUUGAAGAAUUAGGUUUAUCCGUUCCUUUGUAGGAAUCCCUUUUGAGUUUUAGCUCUUCACAUGGUAUUGAUAAAGUCCUACUUUCAAUCUGUUACUCAGACUCUCAAUAUAACCAUUUUAUCAUAUUUAAUGUGCUCUUGUAAUCAAUUUAAAUCAUACAUUUAUGUGUCUUUUAUUUAUAGUCAUAGUAAUGAAUAUAAAUGUCUUUUUUUUCAUUAUCAUUUACAAUACAUUCCAUGAUGUUUUCCAGCAACUUGUUUAAAAAUUAACAAUAUUCAAAGUUUCACAAAAAAGCCAGCAUAUCAGUGCUUCAACCUUAUUCUUUUGUUUUCUAUUUGUUCUUGACAAGAUCUUGUUGUUGCAUUUUUUUAUAAACUUUAGCUCCAAAGUGUGAUUGGAGUUCCCAACUCAAAUGUUUACACAAUUAUAGACAUGAUUUAUUCUGACAUAAAUGCUCUUGAUCAUUUAAUACACUUUUUCAAGAGAUAUAUUAGUAGACAGGUGCCUUAUUAUGACACUUCAUUUGAAUUAUAAAUGGCUAUGUAAAUAAUUCUAAAUCAUCUGUUGUACAAUAAAAGAACUGAGUUAAAUGAAUGUGAAAUUAUGAAAUAAAAUGA